AGGCUCCUAAUUUCCACUGAAAUCAAUAGAAGUUAGGAGCCUCUGAAAAAAUGAGCGUUAGUGUUGGCAAUACUGUGCUCCUGUGAAAACUAUGCCCAAGGAGUCUGAAGGUGCACAGGCCCCUUUUGAAAAUCUAGUCAUAGAGUUUUCUAAGUUAUUUAUAAUGUUAAAAAAACACACACAGAAAAAGUUUGACUUCAGAAAAACCGUACAAACAUUUUUUCCCUCUCUAGGCCAUUUUUAGCUAACUACUGCAUGUUAAAUGAUAGCACCACAAUAAGGAUUUUAUUGUGGAUUUUUUAUUAGGAUUCUUGGAGUCAAUGCCCUUGCAUAUCUGGGAAGUUUUCCAAAAUUAAACGGGUACUUAGUACAUGUUACAGCUGUCAUCUUUAGAUAGUUCUGUUGGUGAAAGUACAAUUCCUCUCCUCCACCUCACCUUUUUCAGGACAGAGAUACUAGAAAUCCAUAUGCAAGUAACAUCACUUUCUGGAGAUCUAGGUUCUCUCCAUGGAUCAAGAUAAUUUUCUGAAGAAAUUAAGAUUUAUUUUUAAUUAAAUUUCAUUUCAAUUGCAAAAAUAACCUUCCAAAGGUGAACUGAUGAGAUACUGUUCUACUGCGUGGGCAGCCUGUCUCUCAGAGAGAGGCAAACUGCUUCCAUUCAUCUCAUCUGGUGUUAAAGACAAAUGGACGCCAUUGAAAUAUUAACUGUCUUUGCAGCAGUCAUCUAGUAUGGCUAGAUAGUUCAUUCAUUUGAAAGAAUAUUUCCACAGGAAUAAGGGUGCAAGCUUAUGCUAUUGAAGAGUAGAACCACUAAUGUUGAGAUAACAGUUAUUUAAAAUUUCCCAGUAACCUGAUUCCUUCUGUAAUUUCUGUCAUUGUAAUCAGCUUUUACCAAUAACUAGUUCUGGAGCAUGCAAGAAAGAAACUAAUUUUCAACCUAGUCUUGUGUGAUACACAGGAACUGGUUCAGAGAAUAACUAGGAAAACAGAUGGUCACUGUUGCUCAGGAUACAUUGUUUGGCUAUCAUGGAUUAAGAAUGGGAGUCAGCAAUGGACAACACCUUAACAUAAGAGUGGAGCUUUUUCUUCUGAAACGCUGAUAAACUUAAAAAAUAGGCUGAAAGGCAAACUAAAAUACCUGAAAUGAUCAGGUUAAGUCGUAUUGGUGCAAACACCAGUCUGCACCAAUGCAGUUUAUUUACCUUAAGGAUUUAUACAGUGUACUACUUGUGCAAUUUCAGUGUAGUUACGCCAUUGAAAAUGUAUCUAAUUAAGACACACCUUUACACCCUGAUCCUGAAAACACUUUCAGACAUGCUUAACUUUACACACUUAAGAAGUCCCUCUGAAGUCAAUGAAAUAACUCUUGUGCACAAAGUUAAGCACAUAUGUAAAUGCUUGCAGGAUUGGGCCAUAAUUCAUAGAAUCUAGCUGAAGGCUAUUCAAAAACACUAUAUAUAAAACAAUAUUUCAAUAGUGUCCAUUUGUCUUUAACACCAGAUGAGAUGAAUGGGAGCAACAAGGAGUGAAUAAAAUGUGUCUAAAUAAUGAGGUAUGGAAUAUUCUAACUCUUGGAUACUAUACAUAUAUUCAGUAAGGUCAGAUCAAUAUAGCUUCUGUAAGGUCAAAUUUGUGCUGAUUUACUAUGUUAGAAUUCUCUGAAAGAGACGCAUAAAUAAAAUACUGACUCUGUUGUUUGAAUUUUCAAAUAGCUUUUGACAAGGUCUCUCAAGAAAGGGAGACUGUUUCUGGGGAAAAACACCAGGAUAAAGGAAAAAUCCUAUUGCAGUGUUGCCAACUGUCACAGUAUUUGACGUUUUUUUCUUAAAAUUCCAGCUUCUGGAGACAUAUGAUAACGUAAGACUCUCAGCUUUCAUUUUUAAACAAAAGUAAAUUUCUAGAUAUCAUGGUUAUGGAGAAAAGUUCUAAACCAUUAUCUUUAAAGGUUCAAAAAAGUAUUAUCCCAUUUUAGAGAUGGUGAGAUCCACAAAGAUACUUAGGCACCCAGAUUUAGGUGCCAAAAUCUCUGGUGUUUUAGGCUCCAGUGCAAUCCAGAAAACUCCUGCCAAACCCUGUAGGUGCCCAAGUUUUCAGGGUAAAAGUUUCCCCAGUGCCUAUGUUUCUGUCUGUGAGCAUGUGCACCGCCUCCUUACUGUAAUUAUCCAGAUGUCUAUCUCCUCCCAAGCCCCAGAGCAAUUCACAAACUGGGAGAAGACAGACACAUGCUGGGCCAGAUCCGGUAGGAGUGUUCAGAGGCCACCUACUGGUUUGGGUUUCAUUCACAAUUUGGUCACCAGAGGAGGAGAAGGUGGUGGCAGUGCUACCCAUCUUAUAACUUUUAGCCCAAUGGCUAGAACAUUUCCUGGAAUGUUGAAGACCCAGGUUCAAUUCUCCCCUCUCAGCCAGAGAGGGAGAAAGACUGGGAGUCUCCUACCUCUUUGGAAAUUGCUCCAACCAAUGAGAUAUGGAAUAGUCUGAUAUGAGACUCCCUCAGUAUCUCCUGUUGAAGUGUUCCUCUAUGAAUAAGUAAUGAAAGAGUGAUUUGAGGAGGGGAACUGGACUCUGGGUUUCCCACUUCCCAAGUGGGUUCCUUAACCUCUGAACUACAGAGUCUCUCUCUUUGUGGCCCAAUGACUGUUCCACUGUGGAUAAAUACUUAAAUACUCAUUUGUGGAUCUGUGUCUGGACCUACCUCCCUAACUCCUCAUUUUAUGCUUGCUCCACAAAAGCAUUCUGCCUCUGCUGUUAAUGUUAAUUAAUAUGUUUGUUAAUGAUUUGGUAGGGGAAGGAGCAGUGAAAUUUGCUGAUGACACAAAACUAUUUAGAUCAGUAAAAAAAAUAGGAUUGUAGGAAAAACCUCCAGAAAAAUCUAACCAAACGCAGGAUAGUACAACAGCAGCUGAAUUUUAAUUUUGAUAAAUGCAGGGUAAUGCAUAUUGAAAUGAAUAAUCUAUAUUUCUCCUAAUAAUAUCCCCAUGACUGUGCUAAAUUGGUCUGCAAAGAGGAUUGCCAUUCAUAAGAAUUCUGUGCAAGGAAUAAGGCAGUAGGAAUUAAUAUUGGAUCAAAAUCUAUUUAAGCAUUAAAUCAGGUAGUUAUGGAGAUCAUGGGAAUUUAAAAAUUCUGAGGGCCAAGUAAAUUGUUUGUUAGUAUUUCCAAAGCAGGUGGAGUUUGAACUCUUAAGUCUAAUUGUUAUAUCCUCAGCUGGUGUAAAUUGUCAUAGCUGCUGGAACUAGGAGGAUCUGCCCCACGGCCUUUAAUAUGUUCUCUAUUCAAAACACUUCCAAAUGGACUCUCUGAAAUAAAAGUUUUAAAAGUGACAGUUCACAAGACUAGAUCGUUGAAGAGCAUAAGCAAAUCUGAUCAAUGGUUUUUCAAAGCCUACUCAUUCAUCAAGUUAUUUUUGUAAAAUCUUUGGUUCAGCUGGAGAAUUUUUGUCAUUGGAGGUGAUUCAUUUUUGUCUAAUUAUAUGAACAAUGUCAUGGAGAGGUAAUAGCAAUGAGGGUUGCACUAUGAAGUUUGAGAGGAAGAAGAGUCUUAUGAUUAAUGAACUGGACUGAGUCUCAGGUGAUCUUGAUUCAGUUCCUGCCUCUGCUACAGACUUUGGGCAAGACAUUUAUCUGGCAGUGCCUCAGUUCUCCAUCUGCAACAUGGCAAUAGCGAGAUUUCCCUUGUCUUAUCUGUUUAGGCCCUGAUCUUGCAAACACUUACUUACAUACUUCACUUGAAGCAUUUGAGUCAAACAUAUGGUUAGUAUUUAUUGGAUUGGGGCCUUAGACUAGAAGCUUGUCAGGGCAGGAACUCUCUCAUACUCUGUACAAUGCCCAGCACAGUGGAGCCCAACCUUGUUUGGAGGCUCCAGGCACUACUGAGGUACAAAUAAAUAAUUAUAAUAAGGCUGAUUCAGAACACAGUUUUCCUCCUCCUCCCUCUUUGGAAGUGAAAUAUAAAAACUCCUCAUGCCUUUGCAUUUUUCAAGUUGUCUCAUUGGUAACUAUUAUAUGUUCUUGGAAAAAACAAACUUAGUACUUUAUGGCCCUGAUUCAGCAAAGAAAGUAAACAACUGCUUAACUUUAAUCCACUGAACAUAGUGGGAAAAUUCAUGUGCUUAAGUGCAGUGCUGAAUCAUGGCCUUUGAGAUUAAAAAACUUAAAUUGGUUUAUUUGGAAAAUAUUUGCAAACUAAGUCCCGCCAGUCCUGCAAACACUAAGGCACAUGCUUAACUUUACUACCGUGAAGCAGGCCCACUGAAGUUAGGGAUCAGGGCUUAAUGUUUUUGUCUGUCCCUCUGUUGGCCCAACCAAAUCACUUACCCGUAGAAAACCUGAUGCGCUGGCAGUGGAUUGUGACAUUGUCUCUUGACUGCUCCAGUUUUCAUGUUCAGGGAUAGUAAAAAUGUAUCCAGUUCUCCAUCAGUGAAUCCAAUGGAGAAAAGAAAAUCAUCUGAAAGUAUUAAAGUGGGAUAGGGGAUUUCAGUGGGACCUAGCCAUUGUGUUAUACUAAGUUACUUAGUGGCUUUAUUGCCAGCCUAUUCAAUGGAAAUGUUAUAGUAUCUUGCAACAUUUACUAUUGCACUGGGGAAGGGAGAGGGAAUCAAUAAACCUUGGGGGGAAAAGUCUGGUAAACUUGCCUUAAGAGGGAAAAUAAUCUAUAAACCCUUGGGGUGGGGGGUCUGGUAAACUUGCUUUAAGAAGCCCUUUCACAACUGGAGGGAUGGACUCAAAAUAUCAUAUUCACUUCACCUUUCAUUUAUCUUAUUGCCUCAAUGUUCGUGUGUCUCUUUUCCAGGACAAAACUUAUUUUGGUUUAGGACAAACAAUGGAGGAUAGAAACAGCCUGUUAAUUGUCUGGAGUGGCUUCAGUUAAUUCCCUCGUAUUGUAGCCAUCUCAGGACUAACAUGUACCAUACAUUUUAUUCCAUACAACAGAAUGAAGGUGUCAUUUUUGAUUCCUGAAUGUGGAAUUCUUCCAGAAGCACUGAAAAGUGUUAUCACAGACAUUGGAGAGUAUUAUUUGGUGAAGAAUUUAUCCCUUCAUGAAUUGGUUACGCAUGAAUUUAUCAAUACAUUUGUGAAGAAAGGUUCAUGCUAUGCUCUUACAUACAACACAAAAAUUGAUCAAGAUAAUGCUGCUGCUCUACUACCAACUGGAAAACUAAUUAUAUCAGUAGACAAGGACACGUAUGAGGAGCUUGGACUACAAGGUCGUCCAUCUCAGUAUUCUGGUAAAAAAGUCAUGAGAUAUAUUGUUACCAUUGACUUGACUGACUCAGCCUUUGAUCCUGAUAGUAAGAAACAUAAAAGAGUGCUUUGGGCCUUGAAAGAGAAGAAACCUUUAGAAUUUGAUUUCCUGCUGUCCUGGCAUAACAAAGGUGCAGAAGGAUCAACACUGAUGUCAUACUUUUCCAAAAACCAAAUACAAGCCCAUCAGCCAAAAGCAACAUUCAGCACAUUAAGAAAUUUGCAGUGUCCAGUGCUCCAUAGUAAUGAACUGCAUGGAAAACUGGAAGAGUCAUGCAGUGCGCAGGAACUGUUUGAAUGGCUAGGUGCCGUUUGCAACAAAGUUGGUUUAGACAACAAGUCAUUUAGCUUCUUAUCAACCUGUUGCUGUCCUCAGCCCAGCACAGUAGUGGAGCAAGCCUAUUUGUGCACAAUCACUGGCUUUAUACUCCCAGAGAAGAUAAUUCAGUUAUUGGAACAGCUAUGUUGCUAUUUUGAUGAACCGAAAUUGGCUCAGUGGGUGACCUUAACCGUGCAUGGCUUUGCAGACAGCCCUGUUUCCUGGAGAGAAAGUGAACAUGGUUUCCAAAAGGGAGGAGAGAACUUGUACAAUUUCGUUGUUUUUAGGAACCUGGACUAUUGGCUUCAAAUGGCUGUUGGAGCAAAUGAUGAUUGCCCACCUUAAAAGUUCUGCCUGUAGGAAAGUUUCUUAAAAAGAAUUAUCUGAGAUGUGCUUACAAAAAUAUCAGACAAUUAAUUAGCCAUUGAAAGGAUCUAUGUAUAUAGAUCAUGUUAGCAUCUUAUUGCUUCCACAUGACAACUGGAAAAGUCUUGUUUACUGGAAUGUGUAUUUUUGUCAUAUCUAUUUUUAAUAAAAAGUGAAACAUCUGUUCCUUA